AUGAUUGUUUUAUUGAUAACUGUGAUAUUCACCAGUGUAAUAAAUUUACAACAGAUGAUUGAAGAUGAAUUGGACGAGCAUAUGCGAGUGUUAAAGAAUCAGAUUAAAGAAGAUGAUGCAUUGAAAAGAGCCAAGAUAGCCAACAAGAUAAAAUUGGAUGUGUUUAAAAGGAUGGAAUAUCAGGGAAAAUAUGAAAUCAUAUUGGGUCUACAAACUAGAAAUAAUAUGUUGUUGGGAGAAAACGACUUGGAGAAGCUGCUUGUUAGGUUAAAUAAGCUGGAAAUUAUGGUAGAUAAUGAGGUAGAAGAUUUAGGGAACCAUGAAAAUGUACUUAAGAGAAUGGAAUAA